AUGUGUGUGACGGCGCACUUUAUAGUUGAGAACAAUACUGGCAGGUGGAGCAGAACAGCACGGGACGCAGAACAGCACGGGACGAAGAACAGCACGGGACGCAGGACAGCACGGGACGCAGAACAGCACGGGACGCAGAACAACACGGGACGCAGAACAGCACGAGACGCAGAACAGCACGGGACGCAGAACAGCACGAGACGCAGAACAGCACGGGACGCAGAACAGCACGGGACGCAGAACAGCACGGGACGCAGAACAGCACGGGACGCAGGACAGCACGGGACGCAGGACAGCACGGGACGCAGGACAGCACGGGACGCAGAACAGCACGGGACGCAGAACAACACGGGACGCAGAACAGCACGGGACGCAGAACAGCACGGGACGAAGAACAGCACGGGACGCAGGACAGCACGGGACGCAGAACAGCACGGGACGCAGAACAACACGGGACGCAGAAACAGCACGAGACGCAGAACAGCACGGGACGCAGAACAGCACGAGACGCAGAACAGCACGGGACGCAGAACAGCACGGGACGCAGAACAGCACGGGACGCAGGACAGCACGGGACGCAGGACAGCACGGGACGCAGGACAGCACGGGACGCAGAACAGCACGGGACGCAGUACAGCACGGGACGCAGGACAGCACGGGACGCAGAACAGCACGGGACGCAGGACAGCACGGGACGCAGAACAGCACGGGACGCAGGACAGCACGGGACGCAGAACACGGGCGCAGAACACGGGACGCAGAACAGCACGGGACGCAGAACAGCACGGGACGCAGAAACAGCACGGGACGCAGAACAGCACGGGACGCAGAACAGCACGAGACGCAGAACAGCACGGGACGCAGAACAGCACGGGACGCAGAACAGCACGGGACGCAGGACAGCACGGGACGCAGAACAGCACGGGACGCAGAACAGCACGGGACGCAGAACAGCACGGGACGCAGAACAGCACGGGACGCAGGACAGCACGGGACGCAGAACAGCACGGGACGCAGAACAGCACGGGACGCAGAACAGCACGGGACGCAGAACAGCACGGGACGCAGAACAGCACGGGACGCAGAACAGCACGUAACGCAGGACAGCACGGGACGCAGAACAGCACGGGACGCAGAACAGCACGGGACGCAGAACAGCACGGGACGCAGAACAGCACGGGACGCAGAACAGCAC